AUGUCCCAACUGUCCAUAGUUGGUCUGGGAGGGGCCGGCCUCCCACAGAGACUAGACAGGACUCAUAGUGACAAUCUCUGGAAAGCGGCUCUCAACUCUCUAUCAGAAGACGAUCGGUCGAGGAUCAAUUUCCAUUCCCCAAACCUGCAGGUGCUCUCCGAGCUCCACGAGCUGACCACGAAAGAGAUCCAACGCGCAGAACAAGGACGGCACAGUUUCAAACGGAGGAACGGACAGAGGGUCAUUGUAAAGGACUUGUUUGCGAAAGUCGCAAAGUGGAUCGACCAUUUCAAGCAGGUCGUGGAUGUUGCAGUCCAAUACGACCCAGGCCAUGCAGCCCUACCAUGGGCGGGUGUGAGAUUCCUUUUGGAGAUAGCAAUCAGCGACUCCAAGUCAAGAGAACUUAUCCUGGAACAUGCGACGUCGCUGGCAGAGAUUAUCUGCCGUUAUGCUGUCUUCGAAGAUCUGCUCCUGAGAUCACCUUCUGCGGCAGUUUCAGAGAUGAAGAGAGCACUGCUUACGCUAUACACAAGAAUCCUGAUUUACCUUGCAAAGGCAAAGGCGUACUUCCACGACAAUAGUCUUCGCCAGAUUGAAAGACACGCAGACCUGCAGAAAAUGUUUGCCGAUAUCGAACGUCCACUUGCCAGGUCGGCAAAUAUACUAGGGGACAUCAAGGAUGAGCUUGAUGGUAUACACCGGUACCUCUGUUCUGAAUCCUUGCGUCCGCUAAUGUGCUUGACGUUAGCUUCGAACCGUACCAAAAUCUUGCAGUGGAUCUCGACCGAGCCUUAUGAGAAGCACCAUAAACAGGCAUACGCGGAUGUACUCCAAGGUACUGGUCAGUGGCUUUUGACCAAUCCAGUCUAUCUGAAAUGGAAGAAGGAAAGUGCGUCUUCUAUUCUAUGGCUUCAUGGAAUUCCGGGAUCGGGAAAGACGAAACUGGUAUCCACUGUCAUUGAGGAUGCAGUCGCAGGUCACCAACAAGGACUCUGUCCAGAACCAGUGUACUUCUACUGUUCCCGAAAUCCGGCAGAGCCAGGACGCUCCAGGCCCCGUGACAUCGUUGCAAGCCUUCUUCGACAACUUGCCCGUAUAAACUGCAAAGGUCCGCUCCUAGACCCAGUGACAAGAGCAUACCGGGACGAAGAGGAACAAGGAUUUUCACAAGGCUUGUGGGAACUCGACAUGUGUUGUGAUCUGAUUAUGGACCUUCUUCCUUGCCAUCAGAUGGUAACGAUCGUCAUCGAUGCGGUGGACGAAUGUGAUCCCUUACUGCGCGAUGACCUUCUGGCAACCCUGGAGGAUAUUCUCCAGAGUUCGCCUACCCUCGUCAAGAUUUUCGUAUCUAGCCGAGAUGACCAAGGUAUUGUCUGUCAUCUUGAAGGGUAUCCGAACCUUGAGCUGUCUUCUGAGAGGAACUCAGACGACAUCAACAACUUUCUCAUAUUCGAGACCGACAGAUUGAUACAGAGACGCAAGUUGUUGAGACAUACAUCAGAUCGAGAUGGGCUUCGAUCCCUCAUUAUUGAGAGGCUCAGGGAGGGAGCACAGGGAAUGUUUCGCUGGGUUGCUCUACAGUUGCAAGCAUUGUGUGAUUUGAAAACAGACCAAGCAAUACGCGAACGGAUAGGCAAGCUCCCACCAAGGCUCGAGGAUCUCUAUCAAGAAUUGUUGUUCAAGAUUGAAAAUUCUCCUGCUCAGGCUGACCGACAAUAUGCCCGCAACACAUUCAGCUGGCUUCUCUCAGCCCGAAUGCCUCUGAAAACCGAUGAAUUUCUCGUUGCUAUUUCAAAAAGCAUAGGGCUAGGACCAGGUACAUUGACCAAGAAGCACGUGCUGGAUCUGUGCUGCAAUCUGGUCAUUUUCGACCCAACGCUUGAGACGUUCAGAUUUGCACAUCUCUCAGUCCGAGAAUACCUGGAAAUGAGGACAGAAUAUACCACAGAAAAAACGAACGCCCUGAUCGCGGAAACGUGCCUGCUGUGCUUGAUUGGUAGCACCGAUACACAGGACACAUGGGCGUUCUUAAGGCCGUGGAACUUCACCACGUCAGACCUUGAGGCAUUCAAGCAACUCUACACCUAUGCGGCUUUGUUUUGGACUUUCCACCGCCCGAAAGAAGGAGAAACCAGACCAAACGAAAACCUUGAGAAGCUGUUGUCCUACUUUCAGUCGGAUGAACCCAAAGAUAAGUCUCCAUUAUCGCGCUACAUGUGCGAGUUACCAGAGUCACUGUCCGUUACGAACUGGACGAUGGAGGCUGUUUCUAUUGUUUCUCUCACGGACGCGACGACGAAAUCCCUCUGUGUUACGAACUGGAUGAUGGAAGCUGUUUCUAUUGUUUCUCUCACGGACGCGACGACGAAAUCCCUCUGUGUUACGAACUGGAUGAUGGAAGCUGUUUCUAUUGUUUCUCUCACGGACGCGACGACGAAAUCCCUCUGUGUUACAAACUGGACGAUGGAGGUUGUUUCUGCCACGAACUGGACGAGUUACGGAGGAAAUAUCAUGAGCAACAAUUGUUGCUUGCUCGUUCCAUCUUGCAGCACUUUUCUUAAGGCUACGACCUUGAUAAACUGGCAGAUUUUAAUAAUAUAA